ACAAAAAAUUAAUUUUGUCCAAAUUGAAACUCUAUUUCUGCGCGUCAAAUCGUACACCCAAAUGUUAUUAUUAUCGUGGCUACAGUUGAGUGAACAAUUUAUGAUUUUAUAAUGUCGCAUUCAACCUUCGAAACCAGAGAAACGGUUACCCAGGCCAUAUUAAAGGGUAAACGUAACAACAAACUAACAUUUGCACAAAUUGCAUCCGCAAUCGGCAGAAAUAAGGUUUGGACGACUGCAGCUAUUCUGGGUCAACAUCCCAUGUCCGCAGAUGAAGCUGAAAAGGUUCUAACCGUCGUUGGCGUUGGUCGUGACGACGAAUUUAUCGCACUUAUGCAGGAAAUACCAUCCAGAGCUCAUCGUAACGUGCUGAACGAAAACGAUCCAACGAUAAAACGGCUUCAAGAGGUGGUUGAUGUUUACGGACCAAGCAUCAAGGAGAUUACACACGAAUUGUGUGGUGAUGGGAUAAUUUCGGCCAUUGAUUGCCGGAUUGAUGUGAACAAAAAAGAAGAUCCUAAAGGUGAUCGUGUUGUUAUCACCAUUGAUGGGAAAUUUCUAAAAUAUCAGCCGUGGUAAUGAACUAAUAAAGUUUUGUGGGUACA